AGCCAUCAAACUACCAUUGCCUCCAAAUCUACAAUAAGAAGAUACCUUCACAAUGGCCAGCAUCCGUCGUCUUGCGCUCUAUCUUGGAGCUCUGCUCCCGGCUGUCCUCGCUGCUCCUGCAGGCCACCACAAGGCACCCGAGGCUGUUCCCAACAAGUUCAUUGUCACUCUGAAGGAGGGCGCUUCUAUUGAUACUGACUCUCACUUGACUUGGGUGAAUGACCUCCACCGUCGUUCUCUUACCAAGCGCAACACCGCAGGUGUUGAGAAGACGUAUAAUAUCCACACCUGGAGUGCCUAUGCUGGCGAGUUCGAUGAGGAUACUAUUGAGCAGAUUAAGGCUAGCCCCGAUGUUGCUUCUGUUGAGCCAGACUAUAUUAUGUACUUGUCUGACAUUGUUGAAGACAAGCGUGCUUUGACUACACAGACUGGUGCUCCUUGGGGUCUCGGUACUGUGUCCCACCGCACCUCUGGCUCCACUAGCUAUAUCUAUGACACCUCAGCUGGCAGUGGAACCUUUGCCUACGUCGUUGAUUCCGGUAUCAACACUUCUCACCAACAGUUUGGCGGACGUGCCAGCCUCGGUUACAACGCCGCCGGAGGACAGCAUGUUGACACUCUCGGCCAUGGUACUCACGUUUCCGGAACAAUUGGUGGCUCUACUUAUGGUGUUGCUAAGCAGGCCAGUCUGAUCUCCGUCAAAGUCUUCCAGGGAAACAGUGCCAGCACCUCGGUAAUCCUUGACGGUUAUAACUGGGCGGUGAACGACAUUGUCUCUCGAAACCGCGCUAGCAAGUCUGCUAUCAACAUGUCGCUUGGAGGUCCCGCUUCCUCCGCCUGGACUACCGCUAUUAACGCAGCCUUUAACCAGGGUGUUCUUACUAUUGUGGCUGCUGGUAACGGCGACUCUUUAGGAAACCCCCAGCCCGUUUCCGGCACCUCUCCUGCUAAUGUACCUAAUGCCAUCACUGUUGCUGCGCUUGACAUCAACUGGCGCACUGCUUCAUUCACCAACUAUGGUGCUGGCGUUGACGUUUUCGCUCCCGGUGUCAACAUCCUGUCUUCGUGGAUCGGCUCGAACACGGCUACCAACACAAUCAGCGGCACCUCUAUGGCUACUCCCCACGUUGUUGGCCUUGCUCUCUAUCUUCAGUCUCUUGAGGGUCUUGCUACCCCCACCGCCGUCACCAACCGCAUCAAGGCCUUGGCUACCAGUGGCCGUGUCACCGGUAGCCUUAACGGCAGCCCCAACGUCCUCAUCUUCAAUGGAAACAGUGCUUAAAUUGGCUACAUAUUUGAUGCCUCGAGCGGGGACAAUGACUUGGUGGUCUAUUGAUUCGUUGUGGAAAAAAUGGUUAUGCAUACACAUUGAGAACUCUGGGCGAAUUCUACAGCAUAGUCAAAUAGUAUAGCUGAAUGGCUAGAAGAUGAAUAAAAAAAGUAUCUCUUUACACGUUAUUUCCGUCGAUACUUGAACAUAUAUGAUCUGGUAGAUCUGAAUAAGAAUAGCUAUUUUACUUGUACAUUUGCAUAGAGCUUUCCCAUUCGCAAAUGCACCUAGUAGAGUAAUAAUAUCCAUCAUAAAUUGUUGUCGGUCAGAGCUUCGAGACAAAAUUAUAUCCCAAUGGGCAUCUGAUUCCUUAGGCUAUAUUCAAGUUAUUAUCCG